CGUCAAUUAUGGAGGUACUGCUCUGCUCGCUUACAUGGUACCCUCAGCCACUACUACAGCAAAUGUACGUUAUGUCACGAUAUCAAAUGAAGGGAUCAGCUCUAAUUCCGCGCCGCAACAAAUCUCCUCUAGAUUCUGAACUGGGGAUAUACUAAUAUAAAGACUCGAGACCUCUACCGAUUCCCAUUUUGAAUAUCCAUCAUUCAAUCAUUCUUCUUCACAUAGCACCUCUUCACUUCACUUCAAAACCACAGCAACACUUCUUUCAUUAUAAACCUUUCUCUCUUUUUUUAAAAUCUUCAACUUAGGAAAACCAUCACCAUGCAGUUCUCCAGCCUCCUCCUCGCAUUCGUCGCAGCCAACAUCUCCUUGGCAAUCCCAAUCGAGAGCUCCAAUGCCGUCGCUGGUAGAGAAGUCCUCAAAGUCCUCGAAGCAAGAGCUGGAGGAUCAGUCGUGGAUACUACUUGCACAGGAGGUUCGUUCCUCCUUCAUCCCAUUCCCCAAUUCCCAACCCACAAUCUCAAUAUCUUGCUUCUCAGUACUGACAGCCCCCAGCCUCCGCAACAGAUUCCAAAGACUGGACUUCCUCGGAAGUCAAGAGUUCCUACAAUGCUGGAAAGGGGAAUGUGGAUAAGAAGACGGGAGCUAUUGAAGCUGGCAGUGCGUAUUUCCAAUUUUCGGAAGGAGUUCUCCUCGCUAAUCUUCUUGCGAACAUAGGCGCAGUAAAGAAUUACGGCAAUAACGCUGUUGCCGUCCUCCCCGCUAUGCCCACUUCCUGCAAGACUGCUUCGAAGUUGUAUGAGUACAGACUUAAGGGCAGCAACACCGAUCGUGUGAUCUGGGGAUGGAGCAAGCCUGCCAAGGCUGGGGGUAAUGGAAGUUCGUUCUUCUGGUAAGUUAUUAUUUUUGGAAGUUUCUAGGAGAUGAUACGGAUCUUUUGGGAUUCUGGGUACUUUGAGAAGAGGAAAGACUGAUGGUUGAGUAGUUUGGUUAUUACCCACAGAGGCAAGGCGGACAAUGAUUUCAAGCCUUGUACUAAGACUGUGGAGAAGAAGGAGGAGAAGAAGGAUUGAGUUGUUAGGAGUAGUGAGUGAGUGAUUAGUUGUGUGGUGGAGCUUCAGGGUAGAUUGCAUUCGAUGGGGCAUUGGGAUGGAUUGCAUUUGUUUUAUUCUUCUUUUUC